AUGCCAGUCAUCCAUAUGAUCGUUCCUGAGUCGCGAGUGUCGACGUCGUCCACUGGCUCAAGCGUACAGCAACCGCAGACACAGCUACACCAGAACCCUACGGCGUCCUCUUCGUCUUCGAGUCUCACAUCCACAAGGAGAAAGUCUGUUUUUUCGGCGUUGUUUGGUUCCCGCCAACAGGCCAACCCCGAAGACUCGCAACACAUAUCCGGAUCUUCAACUUUGGAGCCGGUGACGGGGGCUGUGACCGGUGCAACCAUGGCUGACGGCGAGGACGCCAAUACCGCUCUGGCCUCUGAGCCUAAUCAGAGCGAUUUCUCAGCGAGAUACAUAUCAACAAGCCAAACGAUGGCCAAUUUGAAUGGAGAGUUGGACGAAAUGAUAGAGCCAGAUACCACAUCCGUGAUGGAGGUUGAUGAGGACCACACCAUCCGGUUGACCCCUUUCAUUGAUCACUCUUCUUCCGCGCCCUUUCUGUAUUUUGGGCCCAUCAUAAGGAAGGUGAUACCUGGAAUGAACAUCCCAAUUGGUCGGUACACCGACAAACUGAAAAACAACGCCGCUCCCGAUCGAACAGAGUCUAUUGUGUUCAAGUCGAAGGUGGUCUCCAGGUCGCACGCGGAACUAUGUGUGAACGCGAAAGGGGAAUGGUUUAUCAAAGACAUCAAGUCGUCUUCGGGAACCUUCCUGAACAGACUGAGAUUAUCGCCAGCAGGCGUGGAGUCCACAAACCAUAUGUUGCGAGACGGUGACAUCCUGCAACUGGGCAUGGACUUCAGAGGUGGAACCGAAGAGAUAUUCAGAUGUGUGAAGAUGAAAAUUGAACUGAACAACUCGUGGCUUCGCAGGACUCAGAAAUUCAACAAAGAAGCGCAUGAAAAGCUGAAAUUACUCACGUUGUCGCUGGACAAGGAGAAGCUGGAUUCCUGUGCUAUCUGUCUGAACGACAUCAAGCCAUGCCAAGCGGUGUUUGUGAGUUCGUGCUCUCAUUCGUGGCAUUACAAAUGCAUAAGGCCCAUAGUGGUGAAGUCGUAUCCUCAAUUCCUCUGUCCGAACUGCAAGGCCGUUUGCGAUUUGGAGUCUGAUCUCGAUGAGGACGAAGAGGAUUGA